AUGGUGAGUCAGUCAACUGGUGGAUUUAGCCUGAGAACAACAAACAGAAGGGAAGGCCAAGACAACUGAAGCGAUAUGCCCAGGAUAUGGAUAUUCACAGCAUUGGUUUGGUUCCAAGGAAUUUCAUUUUCUGAAGCAUUUCGAAAACCAACCCCCAUGAAUUCAGAAGAAAUCUUAAAAAGAAACAGGGUGGAUCCAGAAUGUUUUAUGAAUGUUACUGAAAUUAUCAGGUAUCAUGGAUACCCUGCUGAGGAGUAUGAAGUUGUGACCGAAGAUGAUUAUAUCCUUAGUAUUAACAGAAUUCCUGGUGGAAAGAACAGUGGGAAUAAAGGAAAAAGGCCGGUGGUGUUUUUGCAGCACCCUCUCCUAGGAGAUGCAACCAUCUGGAUUUCUAAUCUACCUAACAACAGCCUUGGCUUCAUCCUAGCAGAUGCUGGCUAUGAUGUUUGGUUAGGAAACAGCAGAGGGAACACCUGGUCUUCAAAGCACAAGACUCUUAAGCCGAGCCAGAAAGAGUUCUGGAGGUUCAGUUUUGAUGAAAUGGGUAAAAAUGAUCUUCCAGCAGUACUACACUUUAUUCUGGAAAAAACAGGACAGAAACAGCUCUAUUAUGUUGGCCAUUCACAAGGGACAACUAUAGGUUUUACAGCAUUUUCAACUAAUCCAGAAUUGGCUCAAAAAAUCAAAGUUUUUUUUGCAUUGGGUCCAGUAGCCACAGUUACCUAUGCGACCAGCCCCAUGGUAAAGCUUGGGUCUUUUCCUGAAUCCUUGAUCAAGAUCUUCCUUGGUAACAAGGGAUUUUUUCAACAACCCAAACAUAUGAAGAAACCUAUUACAACCAUGUGUACAUCCCUGAGUAAGUUUUGUACCUCGAUCCUCUCUUUCGUGGUUGGCUAUAAUAUUCCAAACCUGAAUAUGAGUCGCAUGGGCAUGUAUGUAGCACAUUCACCUGCUGGAACAUCUGUGCAAAACAUACUUCAUUGGCGUCAGGUAUUACUUGCAAAACAAUUCCAAGCUUAUGACUAUGGCUCUAAAGAAAAGAACAUGGAGAAAUACAAUCAGACAACUCCUCCUGCAUACAAAAUAGAAAAACUGAAAAUGCCAAUUGCUGUUUGGAAUGGUGGACAUGAUUUGAUUGCAGAUCCAAAAGAUACAGCCAUGUUACUCCCUCAGUUUACUAAUCUAGUUUUUCAUGAGCAUGUUCUUGAGUGGGACCAUUUAGAUUUCAUUUGGGGUCUUGAUGCAACCAAGCGUAUGUAUGCAAAAAUCAUGGACCUGAUGAAGAAGUAUCCCUAAAACCAUGUGACAAGGCUUGAAAGCAAAGAUUAGACCUACUGGGUCCUAUCUGUUUUCUGUUAGCAAUAGAGAUGACUUUCUGAUUUUUCUUUCUUUUCUUGUAAUAAUUUUUUUUUUAAAGAUCAGUACUUGGAAUUUCUGUGAUUUGUUUCUAUUUUUUAUGCCUAUGUCACUAUCUUCCUGGUGCAUUUAAGUUACUAGGGCAUCUCCUUGUAAGGUGAUGUCUGUAGCAAAUCCUUGUAACACUAUAAAAACAGCUACAUGCAUUAUCUGUAUAAUGCUGUACAGGAUCAUUUAAUUCAGAAUGUAUUAAUUUCUGCAGUUCAGUCUGUCACUGGGUUGAUAGCAGGGCUGUGCGAAGCUUUGGUCCCUGAUUCAAUUCAGUGAAGAUUUGACCCAAUUCAGUGCCUGAGUCUCCAAAUCCAAAUUGAAUCAGUAGACCAUUUAAUUUCUGAAUCAAUUUGGAAGCCUCCAAUCAAUUCGGAGAGAUUCAGUGAUUUGGCCAUAGACACAGCUUUAAAUUUUUUUUCUACAUACCCUGAGGUACAAAGCUGCUCAUAAACGCUGUGAUGGUGGGGCAGAUGGAGCGUCUCACAGGAACAGGGGAAUUCCCCAGUGUACUCGGCAGCAAACCCAGAAGUAGACCAGAACCACUUCUGGUCCACUUCCAGGUCUGCCGGGGAACAUGCAAGGGAGCCCCCACUUCCCUGGCUGGGCAACUGGUGCCUCCUGGGUCUGGGAGUGCACCUGGGGUUCCACCGUGGCCGAUUGAUGAGCUGGGAAGGUAUAGGAAGGCCCCCCCGUGCUCUCAGCAACAGAUGUGGAAGUGGACCAGAAGUACUUCCAGUCCACUUCUGGGUUCACCAUCAAGCAUGUGGGCCCCUCCCGCCCACACUCCUGUGGGAUGCUCCAUCCGCCCCACCAUCACAGCAUUCAUGAGCCACACCUGGUACCUCGAGGUAUGCAGAAAAAACAUUUCAAGCUGUGUCUAUGGCCAAAUCGCUGAUUCUCCAAAUCAGCAUUAAAUCUUCAGAUUCAGAUUCAGCCGAAUCAAAUCAGGGACAGUGAUCUGAAUAAGCAAAUUGAAUCACUGUCCCCAAUUCAGGCUGAAUCUGAAUUGAACAUGGCCCAUUGCGUGCACCCCUAGUUAAUUGCAUUUUAACAGCAUUGCUCUCAACCUAGCCAGCAGCAUUACUUUUACUGCUUUGCUUUUGAAGAUCAUGCUUUUGAACUGACUUUUAAAGAGACUGCCAGGGUUGAGAGGCUAGGUAAUUAAUGCUGAUGCUUGAAAGUGGCUCCAUUUGUGGCCUCAAGGAAUUCUGUCAGUCUAUUAUCCUCAGCUUUCCUAUUUGCAAAAUUGGUAUUAUAAUAUCUAUAUCAUGGAAAUAUAGCUAACGUUUGUGAAGCUAAUUCAUCUUGAGAGAAAUCUUUUGGAUUUCCAUGUAUUUAUUAUAUUUCACAACCAGUUUGCAUUGUUUUAGGAGACAUAUUAACAUUCAUAUACCUUAUUGUCACAAGCACCUGUGAUGUAAAAAUACUCAGCAGUGGACACCAACUAAGCACUAGUUCAGUACAAGGCCUAAAAAACAACCCAAAAUGCAUUCCUAUAAUCAGUAACACUGCUAUACUCUUUUGUGCUCAGAAAUGAAGUACAUGGCUCUGACUUUCCCUAUAAUGGUGUCAUUUCCCCUUUUCUUCACCUUGAUGGUUCUUUUAGAGAGUUUAUGACACUGAAGAACUACCUCUGGCUCUCUACAGGCCUCCUCUCUGAAAAAUGUUUUGUGAUUAAGAUCAUGUGGGGUUCACAUGGGAUUUUAAUGUAACAAAUUUUGGGUAUAUAUUCUCAAUAAUACCUUGCUUGUAUUUCCCAUACUUUAUUACCAUUAGUAAUUUAGGCCUAAUAAAUACAGCAUCAUAGAAUGA